AAAGUUGGCGCUUUAGGGCUUCACAUUUGGCGGGAAACCACAAGGAAGACGAAGGAAAAGCUUCUGCACUUCUCAGAGUGAAAAUGGCGAACAAGCUCAUCAACCAGAUGGGCCUCCCCAAAUCCAUCGCUAACGUUUUCGCAGCUCGUAACAUCACCACGGCCAAGGAAGCUUUGUCUUUAACCGAAUUCGAGUUAAUGGAGGUGUUAGAUGUGAGUUUAGCAGAUGUCACGUCUGCAAUAGCUCGUAUCAGCGAAAUUACAUGUCCACCCUAUCAAACUGCCUUAACUCUAAUGGAGCAAAGGGUUCAGAAGGAGCACAUGGGUGGCCACCUCCCCACCCGCCUCAAAGGACUAGACAAUGCCUUAUGUGGUGGGAUUCCAUUUGGGGUUCUGACUGAGCUGGUUGGUCCUGCUGGCAUUGGCAAAACUCAGCUUUGCCUGAAGCUCGCAUUGUUGGCCUCGUUGCCGACAGCUUAUGGAGGUUUAGGUGGUCGUGUAAUAUACAUUGAUGUAGAAUCUAAAUUCAGUUCAAAAAGGAUGAUAGAAAUGGGAUCAAAGAGUUUUCCAGAUGUGUUUCACACGAAGGGAAUGGCCCAAGAGAUGGCAGGUAGGAUCCUUGUUUUGCAGCCGGCAUCACUUUCUGAAUUCACUAAGAGUUUGCAACAACUCAAGAUUUCACUCCUUCAAAACCAAGUGAAGUUGCUAAUCAUCGAUAGCAUGGCUGCUCUUAUUUCGGGGGAAUAUGGACAGGGACCUGCCAGGCAGCAUUUAUUGGGUUGGCAUAUUUCCUCUAUUAAGUCGCUUGCUGAAUUUUCACGAAUCCCUGUUGUUGUUACAAACCAAGUGAGGUCUCAAACUCGUGAUGAAGCCUGCCAGUAUUCUUUUCAAGGGCAGAGCAGGGAAAAAGCAGUGGAGGAUCAUACAGGAUACGAUUCUCAUCUUGUUGCUGCUUUGGGGAUUCACUGGGCUCAUGCUGUGACCAUACGUCUAGUGCUGGAUUCUAAAUCUGGGAAGAGGUUCAUCAAGCUGGCAAAGUCGCCCAUAUCACCACCUCUGGCCUUCCCUUUCAACAUAACAUCAUCUGGAAUCUCAUUGCUUAAUGAUGAUGGUAUAGAACUGACAGGACCAGAGAUAAACUCAAUUCAUUGUCAAGGACACAGUGACAUAAUUAAUUUUGAUGGGGAAAGAUUUCAGUGAUCAAUCAGAAGGAAAGCUGCACAAAUUUGCAGGCACGUGCAAGAAAUUUAAAUGUCAUGGCAUUAGUGAUUGUUUUGGAUUGUCUGUCACCUUGUAUAUAGAAAGAUAGAAAUUCCUCAGAGUUAAGAGUUAUAACCUCAUAAUCAGCAUGGCUUGCCCACGCACGAAGCUAACCGUGAAGGAAAGAUAAACCAAGAUUUAGAACUUGCCGAUGGCCCGUUUUGUUUUAUCUUCUACUUUUGUAUCCUUCAAGCUUCUUUCAUGAACAGGGUUUAAAAUUAGGCUGAUGAGAAUGUUGGUUGGCUUAUUUCUUGUGUAUUGGCCUGUACAUAACAAAGGCUCUGAUGAUCUAAAUGCUUUCUAGUAAUUCAAGUUUGUUGUUCCAUUAUGUACUCUUUAA